AUGUCCGUCGCUGGUGCAACUACUGUCGUCGGUGCCAACGACCACUAUGACUCCACGCUCAAACCAUCCGAGUACCCACAUGACCUAAAGGGCAAGGGCAAACGCAGGAGCGAGCCCACAACCUCGACCGCCGUCGACGAAAACAUUCUCCACAGUGCAGGAAUGGUCAGUCCGCUCUCUCUUCCAAUACCCCUCCAUUCUAACCCGUCGCAGGAAAUCGAAACCCUUGAAGAACGCCCGUUCUUUGUCAGGAUCAAUCCCAAGGACGGUGUCGUCGGCGCCCUCAAAAAGCUAGAUCAACAGCUCAAAGACCAAGGUGAAGCCGGCCUGCUUUCCAAAAAGGAACCGGUCACUUGGAUCGGCGAGGAACUCAUCCCAGGUCAAGUCGGUCUCAUCAACCACGGUGGGCUCCCCAAGCUCUUGCUCAAACCUGGUCGAUAUCCUCCCAUGCCUCUUGCCAACUGGAUUGCCAGAGAGUACAUUGGCGCUAAAGCGUUGUCGGAGACCGUGAUCGAGUUCCAAGGUCUCACUAUCGUCCAAGUCUCGCAAAACCAGGCUGCAGUUAUUUGCGAUCCGCAAAAUAAAGUGUUUGUGAUCAAGAAUGGAGGGUUUGCCGCUCUCUCGCUCGUCGGUGCCUAUACCAUUCUCGCCGUCGUCGACCAGACCCACUUGAGCACUGUCGUCAAGGAUCGUGUUACCAACGCUGUUCUCGGAUGGACUCAGGAAGUCAAGAUGACGAGGAAUACGGGUAGAGGUGGAGGCGACAAGGAAUUCGUCGUCGCCUUGUUCUUGAACAUUCCCGCCAACAAUUGCGCCAUUCUCCAAAAGGGUAACGAUCUUAUCGUCAUCCCCGCUGGACAGCACUAUGUUGUCGAUCCUAGCAUUACGCUUCGAGGCAUGUUUACAUUUGGCGAGAACCAGCUAGAAAUGCCCACCAAGGACAUUUUCACUCGCGACCAAGUUCCAGUGCAAUUGACCAUCUACUUGAAGUGGCAACUCACCGAACCACUCAAGCUCACCCAACACGGCUACAGCACCGCCUACGAAGCUCUCCGCGACAAGACCCAGUCGAUACUCACCCAAGUCGUAUCCCACCUCGACUACUCUGCCAUGAUCAAGCAACGUCAAAUCGGUCCCGACAUUAUGGACGACAAUACCGACUCGAACGCUGCCUUCCUCGACGCCCUCCGUACCCGCGCCAUGGACGAGCUUAUUGAAGCAUCCACCGAAUACGGUAUCGUCCUCAAAGACUUGGCCGUCAUCGACCGUCAAUUCAAGGGUGAUAUCGCCGCCACAAUGGACAAGCUCACCACGCGUGCGCUCCAGGCUCAAGUCGAAGCUGCCAAUGUCGAUCGAGAGAAUAGCAAUCUCGUCAAAAAGGAACAGGGUAAACUCGAAGUGGCGCGUGUGCAAGCGCAGACGCGCAAGACGGAAGCAGAUGCAAAAGCCUAUACGGUCGUGGCGGGUGCCAAAGCUGAAGCCGAAGCGUUAAAGAUUGCGGCAGAGGCUCAAGCGGAGGCGACCAAGAUUGCAGCGUUGGCUGAAGCCGAUGCAAUUCGGUCUCGUGGGGAGGCGGAUCGGAAUAUCAAGGAUGACUUUGCUCGCGAGAUGAGCUCGAAGAGGAUGGAAGUCAGACGCGUCGAAGCGUUUGGUAAUCGUACCGUCUUUGUGCCUACGGAGACGAGUGGAAAUGGAGGUAUUGGAUCAUCCAUGGCUAUGGGUCUAGGGAUGGCCCAAGGCAUGGGAUCCAAAGAAACUACACUUUUCAAUAAUGGUGAACUAAGUGUAACUAUUUGGGAUGCUACACAAGGGCCACAAGACCCUGACGUGAACCCUCCCAUCCCCGACCAGCAAUAUCCACCCUCUCAUUCUAUAACGGAAACACCAUCCUAUGGCCUAUGA